AUGUCGUCCAAAAGGUGGUCAUGUGGAACCCUGGGGGAUGGGUAUGAUCAUGUUAUGAACGAUGCCACGGCUGAUGCGGAAGCAGAACUACUUCAGAAAAUCAAGGAUCUUCAGCUAGAAGUGGAUCAGCUGGAAUCCGGUGACGUUGACAAUGUUGAGACCCCUGUGGGCGAUACCGUUCCAGAGGUGCCUGACAGUGAAGAUGCUCCAACUGAAGCACCUUCGAGCACAGCCACGGCCAGUUCGGAUGCUGACAGUACAGAGGUGGUUUCCAGGGCUGGUCAACCGGAUGAGCUUGCCUUGAAGGAUGAGUACAUGGAUGUCAGUGGUGAUAGCCCAGAGGAUGGUGGAGAUGGUGACAAUGAGGUAUCGGUCAACGACCUUUCAGUACAACUUGCCUUAGCAUUUGGACCAGAAGUCAAGCAGGAACCUACCAGUGACAAGGAGGAGGAGGAGAAUCAUGAAUCUCAGGAGGAUGCUCCUGCUCGUGGAUCAUCUGAUGGCAAGGAACUUUUGAGGAACGCUGCGAAAGCCAGGAUCCGCAGGAUGGUGACGCCGAAAAGCAAGCGCACUGACCUGGCAGUACCGCAGUGGGUGGCCGCGGAGUGGAAUAAGGGUACCCGUGAGAAGGAGCAAAUGGCAGCAACAUUACAGGAAGUCAACUGGGAUAAGGCGAAGUUUGUGGAUGAGAUGCAGAGAAUCAUUACUUCACGAAAGAAGGUGAGUAUCAAGAAGGAUCAGGGCUGGUAUUCAGAGGCUGAAAUGAAACAAGAUCUCAAAUGGUCUUCGAUUCUUAGCUGA